AUGACGAGGAAGAGAAAACGACCGGUCGAUUUCCCAUUAGAGAAGCGGAUAAAGUACGAUAAACCUGGGGAUGGAUCAAUCUACCAUCCUGUGCUUUCACUUUACUAUCCCCGGAUAAUGACGCUCAGAGAUUAUCUCCAUGCCCAACUACCGGCGUCGUCCAAAUCACGAAGGAGAAAAAUAGCGUCCAUCGGCUUGAACAACCAGCCCGGUACACGACAUACAAUGUUCUCCUUGACUCUCCCUCCCCGGUCACCAAGCUCUAGCAUCCCGAGAACCCAUGAUGAAACUCAGAUCAUAGCUGAUGUCCUGGACUCAACGUUUGUGUGCAUUCUCAAAGAGUCUGAUCGUGCUAUCAACAACGCCAGACAAAAAGAGUUCGCUGCGUAUAUACAAUCUCAAGUCCGCUCUUCACUAGAAUAUACUGAUAUCGGUGCUACCAUAUCUCAGUCGGAUAUCGUAGAUUUCGCGAUACUUAGUCUUUUUAAAAGAUACCGUGGCUCUUUUUAUAAACCACCACAUCUGCUGUGUCAUGGAUUCCAGAGGACAACUAAUCAAUGUCGUCCAGACCACGAUCAUGAUGCCAUGGCGGCUAUACCUGGAGUUGUUUCCCAAUAUCCCAAUAAGAAUGUUUCAACUUUGAAGAACUCCCCUUGGACUGAUGUCUUUGGUCUGCUCGGACAAACCUGUGCUGAAGUUAUGCUCCAUUUACUCCUGGACUGCGCAGUAUUUACUGAAGUAGACGGCAAAAAUGGUAGCUUCUAUCAAUUAAGUGGAAUACCAUUAUCUGAACUCAACGCUCUCGACUUGAAAAGUCGUAAAAUGGCCAGAGGCGCAACUGAUGUGGACACAGCGCCAGUCGAGGAUAGUUUCCACAGCCCCGUAAAUAUUGUCUUCGUUAGAAGCAGGAUGCUUUAUGCGCGUGCUGCAUUAGAUGCUAAAGGAAGGGUAAGAUUCGGUCUGAGGCAUACUCACGUUUUGAAUAGAUAUCCAGAGAGCACCAACCGGGGUCAUACGGUUCACAUAAUGAAGUACAUUUUUCCUCGUCAAUUUGGUUUGCAUAACGUCUUCACGUCGUCAGUGGACCCGAAAGAAACCGCCCAGCGAUUCAAAGACUAUACCCUUCGCGAGGAUGAGAUAACACGUCAUAUAUACCAACGACAGUGUAACACUAUCUCUUCGGAAGUAUGUACCCAAAUACCUGAGAAUGUCCCGAAACGUUUGCGUGGGGAACCCGUUGAUCUUGUACAGAAGUUGCAAAAGCGUCAUCAACAGUGCCCUUAUGCAGAGCUCUUGCGCUAUUACUGCCCCACUGAGGUAACCGCCCACAAACUUCUCAUGACAGAUUAUGCAACUCCCACAGCUUCUGUGUCGGCAUUUUGCCGGGCUGUGUUGCUAAAGCUUGUCCCGAAUGAGCUGUACGGUGAUGGGGAGAAUGGGAUUAAAAAUAGAGAUAUUAUCAUGCGACAUGUAGAUAGCUUCGUAAGAUUGCGCAGGUUCGAGAGUCUAUCCUUGCACGAGGUCGUGCAGGGAUUGAAGAUCACUUGUGUCAAAUGGCUUCAACCCCCUUCCCGAAACGAAAUCCACGAAUCCUCGUCAGCUAAGCUUUCAUCUUCAGAUAUCCGCAAACGUACGGAAAUCUUUUUCGAAGUGGUCUACUACAUCUUCGACUCCCUCCUCAUACCACUGAUUCGUUCUAAUUUCUAUGUCACGGAGUCGAGCAUUCAUCGUAAUCGUUUGUUCUACUUUCGGCAUGAUAUAUGGCGAAGACUUGCAGAGCCGCCCAUUCUCCAGCUUAAGCUGUCAAUUUUUGAAGAAGUCAGGAUAGAAAGUGCCGAGAAAAUCCUUUCCGGACGCGAUUUGGGGUACAGCUCUUUAAGGUUGCUGCCAAAAUCAUCUGGCGCACGACCGAUUGUUAACCUGAGACGGAGACCGGUCAGGAAAUGCGGGUGGGGAGGGUUGAGUGAGCUGGGUCCAAGCAUCAAUUCUCUCAUGGCCCCAGCGUUUAAUGUCCUAAAUUAUGAGAAAAGCAAACGCCUGGGAAUGUUUGGGUCAACAUUGUUCUCCAUUGGCGACAUCUACUCUCGCUUGAAGGCUUUCAAGGAACGCAAGUCGUGCUUUGACACGAUCCCACAAGAGCGGUUGAUCCAACUGGCUAGUCGGCUUGUUACUGAGGAUGAAUAUAUUGUGACCAAAUAUGUAGAAAUCAGGCCACCAGACGAAACCUCCAAUGCAACAAUCCCACACCACCAUGUAAUCAAGACUAAACCGGCGAGGAAAUUCAUAUCCAAGGCGACAGGUUUUGCUGACCUCACAAGUCUAUGUGAAGUGCUUGCUGGUAGGGAAGGGAAAAGCAAAAAACAUACCAUCUUCGUCAACACCUCGACCUACAAAAAAUACCAGAGAAACGACAUCCUCCGCCUUCUCGAAGAACAUGUACGAAACAACCUGGUGAAGAUGGGAAAGAAGUAUUUUCGACAAAAGACCGGUAUCCCGCAGGGAUCCAUCGUUUCCACCUUGCUUUGCAACUUCUUUUACUCUGAAUUCGAGCGGGAACAUCUUGCGUUUCUGGAUUGUGACAACGCCCUCCUUUUGCGGUUAAUUGACGACUAUCUCCUCAUAACGACGGAGCCAGAUCUGGCCUCCCGAUUUCUGCAUAUUAUGCUACAAGGCAAUCAGGAGUAUGGAAUUUCGGUUAACCCAGAAAAAAUCCUCGUGAACUUCACGACGACUAUUCAAGGGCGCAAACUCCCUGGCCUCCUCGAGCCAUAUCAACGCCAAUUUCCAUAUUGUGGGAACAUCAUCGACACGUAUACACUCUCCCUUAUGAAGGAUCGCACUCCAAAGGAUCCCAGCCUUACCACCUCAGACACCCUAACUGUCGAGGCGAACAAAUCCCCUGGAGUAAAGCUCUACCUCAAGGCCGUCAACUCCUUGAAAAUGCAGGCGCAUGCUAUGUUCUUGGACACAAAGCAUAACUCGCCCUCGGUAGCGCUCAUUAGCAUCUAUCGCAUCUUCCUCGAAUCAGCUAUGAAACUAUAUGAGUACACACGUUUCCUUGGCUAUCGAGGUCAUAGGGGGCGGAGAAACUCCACAGCUACAUCAUCUUCUCUCCUUAUUCGGACUAUGGCAGCCGUCAUAGAUGUUGCCAUUCACGUAAUUCUGUCGAGAAAAUCAACAGCCUCCCAGGCUGGAUUCGAGAGUAGCGUGACAAGAUCGCAAGUCCGCUGGCUCGCGGCCGCGGCAUUUAAGUCGGUUUUGGGUCGCAAACAGACUAAAUUUGUUGCAACGAUCCAUUGGUUGGAUAGAGUGAGUAGGGUGUCAGAAACGACAGCCGAUGGAGAAGCAGUGAUGCUGCAGAAAGUUGUCAAAAAUGAGAGAUCUUUUUGA